GUGAGGGACAAGUCCGUGUAUUGUGACAGGAUCCCAGGAUACAACAUGUUCCGACUUAUUGUAUUAACUGCUGUAUUCAGCUUGGCGGCAGCCAGCCCCGCUGUGACGAGGACCAGGAAGGACAUUGAAGCUUUCAAACAGUUUUUAGAUGGAAUCCGUAGAGGCAAUGAAAAUGUAGCACAAUUCCAAGCAAAGAAGAGUUCAUUGCCCUUUGCAAAUGAUGAGGAACUGAGCGGAAAGUACCAGGGUGACAUAGUCCUGGAUGAGGAUGACUAUGAGGUUAUGCUGCAAGAGUACGCGUUAGGUCGGAAUGCGUACUCUACGUCCACCAUCACAACCUGGCCUGACAACACUGUUAUUUUCGAAUUUGGAAAUGGAGAAUUCAAUGACGCGCAGAAGGCAGCCAUUUGGGAUGCGAUAAGAGACAUCGAAUCUAAAACUUGCGUCAAGUUUAGAUAUAGAACAGCAUCGGACUCAGUUUAUGUAAAACUAACUGGAAUAGCAAACGGUUGCUACGCCAACGUAGGUUACCGGGUAUCGCGGGGAGCUCACCAAAUGAACUUAGCUCGCAACACCGUUGGUUCCGGAUGCUUUAGACACGCCACCAUCGUGCACGAGUUCAUGCAUAUCCUCGGCUUCGUCCACAUGCAAUCUACAUUCAACCGAGAUGUUUUCGUCAGGAUUAAUGAAAAUAAUGUCGCGGCUGGCAGUGAACACAAUUUUGACAUAUACAAAGAGUCGAGAGUGGACAAUUUAGGAGUGGGCUACGACUACAUUAGCUGUCUACACUAUGGUCCGUAUGCGUUCACCGCUAACGGCCAGCCAACUAUUCAGGCACUUCAGAGACACACAGGCGAGAUGGGUCAACGUGAAUACGUUACGGAUAAAGACUGGCUUCGGAUCAACAGAUACUACGACUGCCCCGGCGCAUGGAAUUAAAACGAUCACUGUUCAUAAGUUUUAGAAAUGAUUACGAUUAUUAUAAUUUUAUAAAUAGAAAUAAUUAUUUAAAUAUACAGUUUUAAACUUACAA